UGACCGGUCACAGAAACUCGUCAUCAGAGUUUGCCUUGCAGUGGCUUCAGAAUCAAACGUGUGCUUCGCAAACAGCGAUUAAACUAGAAAACAGAGGAGGUUAUGGCGUAUUUAACGACAAAUCCGGCGGAUAAAGAACGGUUUUUGUGCAUUUAUCCAGCGUACAUCAACAGUAAGAAGACAUUAGCAGAAGGCAGAAGAAUACCUACAGAGAAGGCGGUGGAGAACCCGACGUGUGCUGAGAUUCAGGGCGUUCUCUCUGCUGCUGGUCUCAAUGUUCACGUGGAGAAUAGUAUGUAUCCGCGCGAAUGGAACAGAGACGUGCAGUUUAGAGGAAGAGUCCGUGUCCAGCUGAAAAUGGAGGACGGCAGCUUCUGCCAGGACAAGUUUACAUCUAGAAAGGAUGUGAUGUUUUAUGUGGCUGAAAUGAUUCCCAAACUGAAGAGCCGAACGCAGAAGAGCGGUGGAGCCGAAGCCGGAGCGCAGCAGGGAGAAGGAGGAAAGAAAGGGAAGAAGAAGAAGAAGUAAACAUUACACAGCGGAUGAACACUGGAGAAAGGAGAUCAGUUCGUUUUGGAGGAUAUCUGUUGGACUCCAGAUGUUGGUUUUCAUUAUUAACACACACAGAGAGAGUUUGAUUUGGGCACCGGACUGUUUUUCUUUAUUUUGGGAUAUUUUCUGAGCUAUGGAGAGCUAAACACUGCAGAAAAAUCUUACUUUGAGUCUUUGUCUUGUUGUCUAGUCCAGAUAUCUACAGAUACUUAAAACUUUUCUAGACAUGUAAACAUAUAGUUUUGUUUUCAGACAUAAUGAGUCACAAUUAAGGGAGUUUUUCUUUAAAACAAGCAAAAUAAUCCGUUUAUUUCUAACCAAAAACAACAUUGUUUAUUUUCAGAAAGGAUAGAAAUUGUGUAUAAAAUGUUAAUGAACUCAUUUCAAAGUGAAACAUGACUAUUUUGCUUGCAUCACUGACAGAUUAUUUUGCUUGUAGAAUAAAACUCAUUUAAUUUUUACAUUAUUUCUGUAGAAAAAAAAACAUUUAUUGUGUAGAAAAUCCUAAUCUUAUUUCAAACCAAAUUCCAAAGUUAUUUGAUUUAUGCUCCUGGCAGAUUAUUUCAUUAAAUAUUCAGACAAUGUCAAUUAUUUCACUUGUUUUUUUUUACGUAGCUUAGCCUUAUUUCUGAAAACAAAACUACAUUUUUACUUGUCUAUAAAACAUUUAUGAACUGAAAACUGAAAACAAGAUUCCCCAUUGGCAGAUUAUUUAGCUUGUUUUAGGUAAAGUUUUCUCAAUUUUGACUUCUAAAAAUAAAACGGUAUUUUUACUUCAUGAAAAUGCUAAAAUUCUUAUUGCAAAUGACAAAUUUUUUAUUUUUUUUUAGUCAACAGCAGAUGAUUUAGCUUGUUUUACUCUUAAUUUUGACUCAAUAUUUCUGAAAAUUAAACUGUAUUUUUCCAUGUCAAAAAAAUUCUAAUCAUAUUUCAAAUGAAAUCAAAAUGAUUUGAUUUAUGCAGCCGGCAGAUUAUUAUUUAAUAUAUUCAGAAACAUUCAAAAUUAUUUAGCCUUUUUUUACACACAUUUAAUUUAUCCUCAUCAUUUCUGAAAACAAAACAAGAUGAUCAUUUUCUACCUGAGUAAAAAUAUUGUUUCUAAUACAAUUGUUUUACUUUUGCUGGUUUUACAGGGAAAAAUGUUCCAGAAAUAAUAAAUAAAAAUUUACAGCAUAAAUAAACAAAAAUAACAAAAACAGGAUUGUUUCUCACCUCAAUGGCAGAUUAUUUUGCUUGUUUUAAGGAAAAACUCUUACUUUUGCCUCAAUAUUUCUGAAAAUAAAAUAGUAUUUUUCCAUGUCAAGAAAUGCAAAUCUUAUUUCAAAGCAAAAACAAAAUGAUUUGAUUUAUGCCGCUGGCAGAUUAUUAUUUUAUAUAUAUAUAUAU